UUGAAUUUAUAUUAAGUUUGGUUAUUUGGCAUGACAUUUUGCAUAAGAUUAACUUAGUUAGUAAAAAGUUACAAUCUGAAGACAUGCGUCUUGAUGCUGCUGUAAGACAAUUAGAAGGACUUGUUUUAUUUUUUGAAAACUAUAGAAUAAAUGGGUUUGUUUCUGCCAUGAUUGAUGCUAAAGAAAUUUCCCUUGAUAUGGGAAUUGAGCCUAUAUUUCCAAAAAAACGUCAAGUUUGUAGAAAAAGGCAUUUUGAUGAGGUUUCCAAUAGUGAUAGGGAACAACAAUCAGCUGAAGAAUCAUUUAGAACUGAUUAUUUUCUUGUUAUAGUGGAUAUUGCUCUUGGUGAAUUGAAGAGUAGGUUUGAACAAUUGCAUUGUUUUGAAUCUAUUUUUGGGUUCUUAUUUGAUGCUGCAAAGUUGACUUCGUUUGAUGAUAAUGAAUUGAAAAGUUUUUGUGUGAAUCUUGAAAAUGCUUUAAAACAUGGUGAUGUUUCUGAUGUUGAUGCAAGAGACUUAUUUUCAGAAUUACAGGUGUUGCAAGUGAUGUUACCAAAAGAAGCAUAUGAAACAGAUAAACCAUGGACAUCCAUUAAAAUUCUUGAGUUUGUAAAGAGUGUGGAUAUGUUUCCUAAUGUAAUGGUUGCUUAUAGGGUACAUGUGAUGAUUCUUUGCUUCGAUUAAUUGUGGAGGAUGAAAAGAAGAUUGAUCAAAUCAAGAAAUGCUUAUGGAGAUUCGGGAGGAAGCAUGUAGACUCAAAUAUGUAGUUUUCGUUUUUUGAUGCAAUGUUUACAAUCCGGGGUACUCUUUUUCCUUCGUUUGAGGUUUUGUCCCAUUG